AUGUCCAUCAUUUUCUCCUCCUCUUUCCUCCCUCCUCGUCCCCCCCAGAGGAAGCGCGAGAGCAGCACCCACGUGCCCAACGACAGCGAGGGCGACUCCGCCCGGGGCCGGGGUGGGGGCGGCGCCAGGGGGUACUCGGGCCUGAGGGAGGAGCACGUGGUCAAGGCCAGCGCCCUGCUGCACCUCUACUGCGCCCUCAUGGGCAUCGCUGGGCUCAGGCCUACAGAUGAGGAGGCAGAGCAGCUCCUCCAGCUGAUGACGAGUCGUCCUCCCGCCACCCCCGCUGGCGUGCGCUUAGUCUCACUGGCCUUCUGCAAGUUACUGGCCUUCCCCACUCUAGUCAGCACCCCGGAGCAGGUGCAGCUGAUGGUGAUGUGGCUCAGCUGGAUGAUCAAAGAGGAGGACUACUUUGAAAGUGCUGCUGGAGUGUCUGCCUCCUUUGGAGAGAUGCUGUUGCUGGUCGCCAUGUAUUCCCACAGCAACCAGUUGAGUGCCAUCAUUGAGCUGGUGUGUUCUACACUGGGAAUGAAGAUUGCCAUUAAGCCAAGCUCUCUGAGCAAGAUGAAGACCAUUUUCACCCAGGAGAUCUUCACUGAACAGGUGGUCACUGCCCAUGCAGUCCGGGUGCCUGUCACCAACAACCUGAGUGCCAACAUUACAGGCUUCCUGCCUGUCCACUGCAUCUACCAGCUGCUGAGGAGCCGGGCCUUCACCAAACACAAGGUCUCCAUCAAGGACUGCAUCUUCAGACAGCUGUGUGAGAGCUCCACCCCUCUGCACACUCAGCUCCUCCCACUCAUUGACGUCUACAUCAACUCCAUUCUCACGCCCGCCUCCAAGGCCAACCCAGAGGCCACCAACCAGCCAAUCACAGAACAGGAGAUCCUCAACGUCUUCCAGGGAGUAACUGGGCUGCUGUAUCACCUCAACGUCAUUCUAUUGGUUAUUUUGCAGAAAAUGUAUCUCUUCAUCUACGCUUUCUGCGAGUGUCCUCCACUCAUGGACAUCACCCUGCACAACGGCUACCUGCUGGCCUCCAAGGCCUACCUGAACGCCCACCUGAAGGAGAUGGCGGAUAUGGAGCGGCAGACGCAGACCAUCUCCAACCUGGGCCUGAGCGGCCAACAAGCCGACACGCCCGAGGUCACCCGCGAGGAGCUGAAGAACGCCCUCCUCUCCGCACAGGACAGUGCCGCAGUGCAGAUCCUGCUGGAGGUGUGUCUUCCCACUGCGGGGGAGGAGCAAGGACCGGGGAGCGGGGGUGACAGCCUGCUCCACCGAAUGAGGGGCAACAAAGCCAAGUCCUCCGGCGAUGUGACUGCUGCGAUGGAGGAGGAAGAGGAGGAGGAGGAAGAGGGUGGCUUGCUUAGCAACCUGAGGGAGGUGCAGUGUCUCAUCUGCUGCCUGCUGCAUCAGAUGUUUAUCGCGUACCCCAACAUCGCUAAGCUGGUGCACUUCCAGGGUUACCCCCAGGCACUUCUGCCACUCACCGUAGCGGGAAUUCCCUCCAUUCACAUCUGCCUGGACUUCAUCCCAGAGCUGCUGGCCCAGCCUCAGCUGGAGAAACAGAUCUUUGCCAUUCAACUGCUGUCUCAUCUGUGCACCCAGUACGCCUUGCCCAAGUCCCUGAGCGUGGCACGCCUGGCUGUCAGUGUCAUGGGCACACUCCUCACAGCCAGCGCUGUCGACCCGGACCCCACAGCCACCACUGCCGACCCGGACCCCGCUGCCACCUCUGCCGACCCGGACCGCGCAGCUGACCCGGACCCUGCUACCACAGCUGCCGACCAAGAUCCUACAGCAUCCGUUUCCGAUGCAGGUGUGGAUGGUUACACCCAUGUGAUCAUACUCAUGCAGCACCUAAAGGCUGUGGCACUGUCACUGCAAGGCCAGUUGUGGGUGCAGAGUGAUCUUAGUUCAUGUCAUCCAGGGCUGCAGUAUCUGAAGGAGAAACCCCAGGAUGCUGUGUCCAUACUGGGCCUGUCCAAACACACCUCGCCCAAGAGAGCUUCCUUCGCCCUGUGGGGAACCGACCCCGACGUCCAGCUUUGCUACCAGAUAGAGACGACCUUCAUGGACAUCAUCCAGGCCAGCGUGCAGACAGACCAGUGAUGGUGAUGGUGAGAGCCAGAACCGUGGCCAUGACAACCAGAGCAGUCACCGUGACAACCAGACCUGAGACUGUGAAAACCAGAGGAGUGACCCUGACAAACCAAAGCAGAGACCUUGACAAACCAGAGGAGCAGAGACAAGGAAUGAUCUUUUUGUAAACUGUGUGUUUGUGUGUGUCAUGAAUUCAUCGCCCAGUUCCUCGUGAAUGGUAGCAAU